CUGAUAACUAAUAAUGCUGUCAAGAAUCAUAUAUUGCAGUGCAGUUGUUUUAGCUACAACUGCAGUCAUACUUCUAGCCUUGUUCUCUCCGCUGCCCCACUGGAGCAGCCGAACCACUCCCCAGACAACGCUAUCGUUCUACAUCCAACAGCCUCAGCCAGGAAGCUCAGCAGUGGCCCCACACAGUGUGGGGGCGCUGAUCUUCCACCGGUGGCUGACGGAAGGCCCUGAUAACACUUCCCGGGUGGUAGGGAAGGCCCAAGGGUUCAUAAUACCGGUGGAGGGAUUCGCACACUCGGCUUUCAAUAUCAUUUAUCUUACGUUUCAUCAUGUGCAUGACUAUGCUGGCAGUGUUAGCAUUGAGGCUAAGAAAUUGGCUUUCAAAGAAGAGGAAGAACUGAGUGUUGUUGGUGGCACUGGCUCUUUUGCUUUUGCUACUGGAAAUGCUGUGUUUGCUCAGAUUGGGAGACAAGCAUCGAAUAUGGAAGCAUCUUAUCAUAUAAAAUUGAAUUUGGAUUUCCCAGACAAUUUUGAGAGGCCAAAGUUUUGAGAAAAUUAGUUUUGCUUUAUUUUUCUCCAUUUUUAGGCUCUACUUGCUAUUAUGAAAAUAAGAAGAUUGUAUUUGAUGCUGUGUGGCAUUUGUAUUCCAUUUCCUAUUUUCUGACAUAGAACUAUAUAAUGUACACAA